GAGGUAUGUGUGAGCUGAGCUCAAUGCGAGUGCGCGACGCGGAAGAUAAGAUGCGCUCCGAAGUCUCUCUGCAACCUUUCCCCAGCAAUAACCUUUAAGGAUUAUAUUGUGUGUUUUUUUUUAAACAUUUGGACACAUUUGUUUGCCUUCUUGGGAAAUACUUUUUGUCAGAUGCGUUUCCAGAUUACGCAGAGAGAAGUGGGACAUGAUCACAUUGCCUACGGAGUCUGCUGUGUUUAGUGUGGUGUAUCCAGUGUGGGACGAGAGCCGAAGCCGUGAACCCGUCCAGCACUCAGUGUCUCCCGCAGACCCGCAGCGCCAGGCGAGCCGUUUACCCGUGAAAGUGUUGAAAAUGCUGAGCGCGCGCACGGGACACAUCCUUCACCCGGACUAUCUUCAGCCGCUCCCGUCCACUCCCGUCAGCCCGAUUGAGUUGGAUGCCAAGAAGAGUCCGCUCGCCCUCCUCGCACAAACAUGCUCCCAAAUUGGGAAGUCGGAUCCCCUCUCCUCGACGAAACUCUCGGCCGUCGCCUCGGACAAGGACGGCAAAUCCAGCCCGCUGAAGAUCAGCGACAUCGGAGCCGAGGACAAAUCCAGUUUCAAGCCAUACGCCAAAUCAUCCGAGAGAAAAGACACGAGUGGAGAUAAGACCAGCUUCCGUGUCCCGAGCGCCACCUGUCGACCCGUCACGCCGCGCACGGGGAGUCCGAACUCCUGCAGCUCCAUCUCUCCGCAACCCGGAGAUAAAUCAGGGGAUAAAACAGGGAAAAAGGAAAGCGAUGCGCGUAAAAGCUCCACUCCGGAUACACCGGGAAGAACUGAGAGUAACAGCGAGGCAAAGGAUGUUUCCAAGCCGGUCACAUCUGACAGCGUUCCCACAUCCUCGGCCUCGUCCGUUCUCGGAUCGGGACUCGUAGCGCCGGUUUCUCCCUACAGAACCGGCCACACCGUGUUCCCCAUCUCCCCCGCAGGACUAGCGUAUCCCGGAGCGUACGCCGGCUACGCUCAGCCCUUCCUAUCCCACGGCGUGUCCCUGGACCCGAGCAAGCCCAGCGGAGGCGGUCAGAUGAUGAAUCUCAGCAGUAAAACAGGGUCCAGUCCCCUCGCCGGAGCCUCUCCUCCAUCCAUCAUGUGCCGAGACCCGUUCUGCCUGAGCUACCACUGCGCUAGCCAUCUCUCAUCCAGCGCCUCGCACGACAGCAAGCCCGGGUACCCGCUCAUGUAUCCCAUGCACCCGCUGUCAACCGCCACGCACUCGUUCCCCGGACACCCGCUGUAUCCGUACGGCUUUUUAAUCCCCAACGAGUCCCAGCACAUUUGCAACUGGGUGUCCGUAAACGGGCCCUGCGACAAGCGCUUCUCCAGCUCAGAGGAGCUUCUGAGCCACUUGCGGACUCACACUGCGUUCGCGGAGAAGCUCGUGUCGGGAUAUCCCAACUCUUUAACUCUUCCGGCGUGUCACAUGCCUGGAGCCCCGCUAGCGCUCAGGUCCCCGCUUCACACGCUCGGGAUCGGGACGCGGUAUCACCCGUACGCUAAGAGCCCGUUACAGACGAGCGGCGGGCCGGUGCCGGUUCCUGCAGCCACGGGCCCGUUUUACUCCCCGUACACACUGUACGGACAGAGACUGACCACUGCGCCUGGACUCGGAUAUCAGUGAGGGAAGGACUUUUCUAUGUUUUUGUUCACCUCAGGACCAGUGGACCAUUAUUUAUUAAAGCUAGCUUUAAAGCGAAUGAAAUAAAAACAUUUCAACAAGA